GUAUCUAUGCAGGAACACAUUAUAGCUGAUUUGUAGACUAAAUCAUGAAGUGCAGCAAAAACAGGAAGUAUGCAAGUAUACAUAAUAUUACAAGUAGAUCCAGAUCUAGCAGAUUAAUAAAAAUUAUUCUGUUGCCAGGAUUAAGCAUUCUAAGUCUCUUCUGCAAAUGGAUGGAGUCAACUAUACUCUCAGUGAAGAUAUUAAUGGUCCUCUGUUAGCAGCUGUGCUUACCCUACAGAUGAUAGGAGCAUUGGUUGCUAAUGGCAUUGUCCUCAUUGCUACUCUCUCUCAAUAUAAAUCCUUAAAGCUACCAUCUACAAUCCUCUUCACUUCACUCAUUAUCAUGCACCUUGUAAUGGCUCUCCUGUAUAUUCCGUCUUGGAUACUGUCAGCUGCAAGUGGAGGAUGGAUCUUUGGCAGAACAAUGCAAGUGAAAGAAGGUACUUGUAAAUUUGCUGGAUUCAUAUUGUGGUACAUCAUACUAGUCAUAUACAUGACAUUAGCUGCCAUAUCUGUUGAUCGCUGGUUGUUCAUAGUCAAGCCUCAACUCUACAAGCAAUUCAUGAAGCCCAAGGUAGCCCUGACCAUCAUUGCUAGUAUAUGGAUACUGGCUGCAUUAAUAAAUAGCACACCUUUCUACGGGAUAGGUAGAUUUAGAUAUGCAAUUUAUGGCUCAUGUGUACCAACAUUUGAAGAACAGUUUGUUUAUGUUGUCCUAAUGAUGGCCAUCUUUCUUGCAAUAUCUGCUGUUAUCCUUGUGACUUCAGUUUGGACUUAUAUCUUUACAAAAAAGUUUAUCCAAGAGCACUCAGAGCUAGAAGAGAGCAGUGUCUAUGUUUCAAGAAAGAGACGAUUGAUAGGAAUAUUUGGUGUGAUGCUUAUUGCAUAUUUUGUGUGCUUUUCGCCAGGUUACAUAUUUGGAUUUCUAAGUCAGAUAUACGAUCUACACGAUUUAUCAUAUGCCAUUGCGUUGGUGUUUUUUAUGAUGAUAACUAUCAUCAAUCCAAUCAUUCAGUCUUACUUCAGACCAGAUGUGAAAAAAGCAUUUGUUAAACUCAAAAUCAAAUGUCUCAACAUUUGAAGGAUCUCUGAUUCUGUUUGUUCACUAAGUACUAACUUAAUAAUUUUAGAAUGUAGCACGUAUCAUUUUUAUUAAUAUGAUAAUGUUUAUAAAACAAUUGAUUUAAA